GGGGAGAGGGGAACGACGAGUGGGUCCCGCAUAUACCAGGCGCCGCUCCCCCCAAAUCGAGGGCAAUCCUCGCGUUUGUUCCCCAAAAUCCCUAGCGAAUCUCUCUGCUUCGUCCUGCAUCCAGCGCAAUGGAACGGAAGGAGGUCAUGGACCUCGGCAGCGGCGAGCCCAAGGAGAUCAUGGACCUCAUCAGCGGCAAGCCGAUGGAGACCAUAGGCCUCGGCAGCGGCGAGCUCGAGGACUAUCCCUUCGUGAGGCGGCUCCGCAACCGGCGGCUCCUCGUCUACCUCUGGCUCCAGGGCUUCGACGCUGCUUACGAUAGCGUCGUGCACGAGUCCGGUGUGCAGAUGAGCAGGCUGCAUUUGCGGCAGCUGGUGGUCUGGGGCCGGUGGAGCGAAGCCCUCGACUACAUAAGUCGCUUCCUGCCGCCGGUGCUCAACGACUGGAGCCUCGAUGCCCGUUCCCUCCUCUUCUUCCUCCACACGCUCUGGGCUCUGGCCAACGUCGCCGCGUGCUCGACGGGCGGCCUUGUGAACGACUCUGUGCACAGCGACCUCAGCUUCCUGGGGACACUUUCCAGUACCAACGCCAAGCUCUCCUCCAUCCUACGAUACACACUCCACUCGCCGCAGUUCAGGGAGUCUCUGGACUGGAUGCUGGUGAGGAAGAAGGCAUCGUUGAUUGUCGAUGACUGGGCUCUUGAGACUCCGGAAUUGAGGCGCAAGAUGCAAUUGCCCGGUGGUCCAGGUCUCCCGCGGGACUUGCUUCCCAUCGGCCCCCUUUGCCCAAGGCGUCACCGGAGGGAACAAUCCCGGCGGGCAAAAGCAUCUACGAUUGCCAAGUCUUAUCUCAACAGGAAGAGGAGUCUGCCGCCUACAAGCCCACAUCCUGCAGGAUUGCCCAAAGAUGCACUCAGACGGGUGGCAGAUCUUAUUGAGGGAUGUUUAAGAGCUGGUAAACUUCUGGAGCUCCAUCAAGGGUGCCCGCUUCAAUCAAAUGCAAAGGGAGGUGCUUCUGAUACUCCACUUCUGCAGACCAUGUUUGGUACCGUAACAAAUCCUGCUAAAAACACUGGGACCUCAUCAGUGACAAAUGCAGGUGCUGCCGUCUCACGGCCUAUUAAAAUCCCUUGGAUCACAUCUCCCACAAAUGCAGGCCCAAUCAAGCAUUCUAGAAAAGAUGGGUGCUAUAGCAACAGUGCUGGUCAGGGUUCUGUUGGAAGAAAAAAAAGAGAAGAUUUGAUGACUGAGGAAGAUGAUCCUGAUAGAAAAAGGCAACGGACUGAACUGGAGUUGCUGACUGAAGUGGAAGCUGGAUCUUGCGGCCAGUUGCUGACUGAAGUGGAAGCUGGAUCUUGCGGCGCCAACUUGAUGGCCAACUGAGCGGGCAUUACUUGGUGCUCCUUCGAGUCGAUCUGCUUCAGGUUGUGUUGGAGCAUCGAGCUAUGUUAUGUUAUAAACUUGAGAUUUCCAGGUCUCCUAGCUAGAAUAACUUCUACUAGUGUUAUGUUAUCACCAUGGAGAGCGACACUACAACUCUGUUUCUAAGUGUGUGUUGUGUUAAGUUGCAAGGGGAUCGUGAAUCAGAACCAAAUCAGUUCUAUUAUAUAUCAUCGACCAUGUCAGUUUUUGUUUUGUUUUUUA